AUGACACUCACCGUUUCCCCCGACCAGCCCAUUGACCUCCAAAUCGGCUGGCCCAACCCCGCGCUCCUCCCCGCCUCCAUCCUUUCCGACUCCGCUACGACCGUAUUAUCCACUCCCUCCAUUGCAAACCCAGCCCUCCUCUACGGCCCCGACGAAGGGUACGGACCGCUGCGCACACACAUAGCCGCAUGGUUGAGUGAUUUCUAUCAGCCCCGCGAGCCGGUCUCAGCGCAGCGCAUCUGCAUCUCCGGCGGGGCCAGCCAGAACCUAGCAUGCGUGCUGCAAACCUUCACAGACCCGGUCUACACGCGGAAUGUAUGGAUGGUCGCACCGACGUACCACCUGGCCGCGCGCAUCAUGGAGGACUCCGGCUUCGCCGGGCGCCUACGCGGAAUCCCCGAAGAUGACGAGGGCAUCGACAUCGCGGUGCUUGAGAGCGGGCUGCGCGCUGCUGAGGAAAUCGCCUUGCGCGCUGGAAACACCGAGCCGAAAAUGAAACCGCCCAGGCCCUGGCGCAAAAUCUACAAGCAUGUCAUCUAUGCUGUGCCCACUUUUGCGAAUCCCUCGGGGAAGAUUAUGUCGCUGCGGAGACGGGAGGCGCUCGUUCGUCUCGCCCGACAGUACGAUGCGCUGAUCGUGACGGAUGAUGUGUAUGAUUUCCUCCAGUGGUCGGCCAAGCCGGAGGGAGAGGAGAAUUCCGGGGACCGCGCAUGUGUUCCGCGUAUUGUCGAUGUGGACCGCUACUUGGAUGGUGGUCCACAGGAUGAAUGGGGACACGCACUUAGUAACGGCAGUUUCAGCAAGCUGAUCGGGCCUGGUGCCCGCACCGGCUGGGCGGAGGCUUCCGAAAAGGUUGCAUAUGGAUUAUCACAAACAGGCUCUUCCCGAUCGGGCGGCGCUCCCUCUCAUUUGUGCGCCGCUGUCAUUGACCAGAUGUUCCCUACAGGCAUCAUUCAGAACCACAUCCGGGACGUCCUCCAACCGAAAUACGCCGAGCGCUACCACACCCUGCUAGCAGGGAUCAACGAACAUCUCGUCCCGCUGGGCGUCACAGCCCCACCAACCGCUGCCGCGGCCGGAGGUUACUUUAUUUGGAUUGGUCUACCAGCGCCGUUGCUCGCCGCCGACGUAGCCCAGGCAGCGCUGGAUGAAGAAAAUCUGCGUUUAUCGCCGGGGCAUGUUUUCCAGAUCCCCGGAGACCCGCAGGUACUCGAUGAGGAGUUUGCAGAUCAUCUGCGCCUCUGUUUUGCGUGGGAAGAGCCACGACACUUGAGCGAGGGAAUGCGUAGGCUAGCACGUGUUCUCCGCCGUAUGACUCGUACCCAGGUCUAG